AUGUUGACCGAUGCACAUUUCAGGUACUACGAUUGCUGUCCGAAUCCUUAUCCGGACAUCUCAUACUUUUUUGCUAUAAAACGUAACCCUUCCUACUAUUUAUUUACCUUAAUUAUUCCAUCAGCAUUCAUUACUAUUGUUACUGUAAUAGGAUUUUUUACACCACAUUCUUCUACUGGUGAAAAUACGGAAAAGGUCAGCUUAGGUGUGACAGCCUUGCUAUCUUUAGCUAUAAUAUUAAUGAUGGUCUCCGAUAAACUCCCAGCCACCUCAAAUUCUGUUCCAUUGCUAGGUAAGUUUUCUGGAGAUUUCCAAACAUCAGGCACACAAAAGAUUGGUCGACCAAUCUCACGUCGAGUUCGUGGAUUUUUGCUUUCUAUUCGCGUGAACAAGUCUUCGCUAUUACAAUGGUUUUUUGGGAAAGAGUUAAUGAAUACCCAGGAAACUAUAAAAAUGAGACUAAAGAAAUAUAUUUACCUAUUAAGGUCAGUACUACAUUGGACUGAUAUUCAUAAUGUUUCUGGCUACUUACUGUACAACUUUUACCCUGGGCUUACAAAUGCAAGGAAAUGCCGGUCGACCAAUCUCACGUCGAGUUCGUGGAUUUCUGCUUUCUAUUCGCGUGAACAAGUCUUCGCUAUUACAAUGCACCCAAAAUUGCCGUUAAUCGACGAAGACACUCCAGAAGAAAUGGCUAAGAAGAUUGGUGAUCCUGUGCUACACAAUAUGAUCAUUGAUCUUUUAGAAAGUGUACAAUGCAUAAGGCAAGAAAUGCUUAUGCAAGAACAUGUGAAGAGAAUUCGACGGGAAUGGCAAAUGUUGGCCAGGAUGCUCGAAAAGAUGAUAAUGUGGCUGUUCAUUAUUUGCACGAUAAUAUUUGCCUCCGUUAUGCUUUACGACAGCCAAGAUCCGCCAAUAAUUACGGAUGAAUUAAUGAAGGAAAGAGCCAAGUAG